AUGCUCAAGUGGGCUUUAACACCACGUCUAAACGGUGAUUUUGAUGAACAAGAUGGCAUUGAGAAUAGUAAUAAUUUUGAGUUACUAACACUUAAAUCUAUUUUUGAACAACAUGAAUUACCGUGUCUUGUUCGACUUAUUAACGAUGAUAGAAAUCAAUCGAUGGAUAAUUAUUGUCUUUUACUUUGUGAAACAAAAGAUCCGUAUUUAAUCGUUUCAAAUGAAACUGAACGAUUUUCUAUUCCAAUUUCAUUUGAUGGUCUUUUCGCUACUGUCGAACGUGGUAUUACUCGUUAUAAUAUUCUUCAAUCUGUUCGUGCUGUACAAUCCUAUUUUAAGCCCUCAACUCCGUCAUCAUCGUUGCCAGUCCAAUGUUCACAUUUCACAACAUUACGUCCACAAAUGACAUUUUUAAAUGCAUCUCUUCAUCAUAUACAUCCGGGUACACUUCUUGAGCCAGUCUUAAAGUCAAUAAUAUCAGCACCUUCUCCAGCGCCCUCAUCAACGUCAUCGAAUCGUUUACGUACAUUAUUUGCUAAUCUUCCACGUUCACUUAAUAAACAUCUUCUACCUAAUUAUCAACAACCACACACUAUUAAAAAUCAGCUAGCACAAAACGAUUGUUUUGAAGUUAAAUCCAAUGAAAAUGAUGAAAAUUUCAUUUUAAAAUCUGAUUCAAGUGGUGCUUUUGUUCCUGUAUAUACAAAAUUAUCAUCAACAAAGUCUCAUAGACAAUCAUCUUUUUCGUCUCAUUCAUUGUCAUUUUCAUCGAAUCGAAUACAAGGUUUAUACACAACUGAUGUAAUAAGCAAAUUGAUUGAUCAAUAUCCCCUUAUCAUUGAACUAAUUGUAAGUCGUACAUUAGAAGAAAAUGUUUCAACAACAGUUGAAUAUCCAUUCCGACGAAUAACAUUACAUCGUCUUGUUGAAAAUCAUCCACGAAUCAUUGCAUUUGAUAUGAAAAAUUAUGCAUUUGUGGAAAUUGAUACAGCAGAUUCUAUUGAUAUGUAUGCAAUUGAACACGAUAAUGCGUUAUUUCAACGUUAUCAAGCUCAAUUACGUUGGUGUCAUAAACAUUUGUCAGCAUUUAGUUCACAAGUCAAAACACUCAUUCAUUCAUCAAAUGGUACAGCUAUGUUUAUUCAAGCAACGCCAUUUCAUGGACAACAAUUUCAACAAUAUCAUCAACGCCGUAAUUCAUCAUCGAUUGUAACAUCACCACUUGCUAAACAUAUGCCACAAACAAUUUUCACAUCACAAGAAUCAAUAUCUACAACUCGUUUACGUAGUCAAACACCAUUGUCGUCGAAAUUUCAUACAACAUCAAAUCAUUCGAAAUAUGCAGAAAAACAACGACAAAAAGGGAAAACAAUUGGUUCGAGUGGAGCAUCAAGAAAAGAUGUACGAGUUUAUUUUAAUGAUCCAACUAUUCAAAAACAUCUUCAAGAUGACCAUAAAAUAUUUCAUAAAAAACAAUCAAGCUAUGGUAUGAAUAGUACAACAAGCGAAAGCGUUGAUGGUGAUGAAGAAAAUGACAAUUCAUUUCAGUGUACAGCAUUAUGA